GGAAGGGGCAGAAAGGAGGUAGGCCAAACACUCAGAAAAUCAUCUCUCUGGAUAAACGAGUCUCCUCCUGACACAGCAAUAAGAAUUUCUCUGAAGCUUGGUGCUCUCAGAGGCCCCAGGGCUGUAGCAGUUUGUUUCUUCCAGAAUCGAAGCUGUAAAACUACAAAUGGUUCUUCAAAUGGAGCCUCCGAUGCAGUCCAUCACUAAGAUCUACUGCGGACCCCUGGACCAGCCUGCUAAUCCAUGCUCUGAUGUUGGUGACAUCGAAGGCACCCCUCCCGAGGAAAUCUCAACUGCAUGACCCCUACUACGCCUCAGUUCAGCAGGAAGCAGUUAGAGCAGUCAUCAGCCAACCUCCUCAACAGCACUUGGAUUUUCCUGUUGUAAGGGGGGACUGAGAGACAGGACUAGCUGGAUUUCCUAAGCCAACUAAGAAUCCCUAAGCCUAGCUGGGAAGACAUCUGAUUUAGCAGCUAUCCUACAUCAGACAGGCUGACUCUGGGCAUACGAAGAUGAUUAAGACAAAAAUCCCUGUCCUCACAGUCCAGAAUGAAGGACAGACACAUAAAGAUAAGUAUAAUACAAGAUGGAUCAUGAAUUGUAGCUAAUAUUUAUUGGGUACUUACUAAGUGCCAGUGACUGCUGUAAGCUCUUGGUGUGUUUUACCCCUUCAGUUCUCCCCAACCUCUGUUAGGUACAUGUCUCAUAGAUUGAUUCAUAGAUAAGACUGAAGCCUGGUGAUUGCCUGCGGUUUUAUAAGUAACAAAUGGCACAGCCAGGAUGAAUACCCAGUGGAUGGGUAUUAGUGCCAGAGGUCCCACUUGGCCAUCAAGCUCUACCGUCUCUUGAUGAUAAAGUAGCACACGGGGCCGUAAGUGGGUGGGGGAGGCUAACUCAGUCUGGCGUUCACGGUGUUCAGGGGAGAUUUCCUGAAAGACUAAGGAAUUAGCUAGACAGAGGUGAGUUGGGGGGAGGCAGGGCCAUCGCAGGGGAGGGCCAGACGUGGGAGCCACCUCCCGGAAAUCUACACAGCAUCUAGGCCAGGCAGGGACCGGAGCGUGUUUGGAAGGUGCAGAAGCAGGCAGGACCCAGCCUCGAAAGGAAAGUGGUCCGUAUCCUAGAGAUAGCUGCAAGUUUGAAGGGUUUUACGCAGGGGAGAGACUUGGUCAGAUUUUUAGAAAGAUCAGCGGUAAGCGGGGUGAAAGUGGAUGGAAGGACAGAGACAAGCACUGAGGCAGUGAGUGGGGAGGAGAGGAGAAAUUCAGGAAGUCGAGUUUUCCCGAUGAUGGUUAUUCGGGGGUUAAGUAGAGGACAGGGAGCAGUUCUAGAGGACACCCAGCUUCUGCUCCUAAUCAGGGGGAUUGGGGUGAUCAGAUGAGGUCAGUAUUGGAUGUCAACCCAAUCUUCUGGCGUCCAGUCCGUGCCCUUUUGCCUCUUGGCACUGCCAGCAAUAAUGCCCGAGGGCCACCUGUGAACCGGGCUCGCAGCCUCCAACCCCACCCCUCCGACGGCUGCGACGUGCAGUGUAUCACUCUGGGCACCAGGGGGCGUGCCCGCACACGCUCGGGCCGCUCUGGCCCAGCCCAUCUCAGUGGUCGCGGAAGGUGACGUGGACACGGAAGUGGUCGUCGUCGCGGCACCGGUGGGAGCUAGGCACGGGGCUGGGAGUGCGGCCGGCAGGCGGACGGGCGGAGGCGGUCUCGCACCGGCGGCGACGGAAGGCUCAGGCGUCGUUGUUUGGGUGGGGGGCCGCUGAACUGACAAGCGGCAUUUCAGCUCCUUUCACCCGCCAGUCGGAACCCCCGAGUCGGGGCCCGCUCAGCCGGCGUUACCAUGACCAAGGCCGGUAGCAAGGGCGGGAACCUCCGCGAGAAGCUGGACGGCAACGAACUGGACCUGAGCCUCAGCGACUUGAAUGAAGUCCCGGUGAAGGAGCUGGCUGCUCUUCCAAAGGCCACCAUCCUGGAUCUGUCUUGUAAUAAACUGACUACUCUACCGUCGGAUUUCUGUGGCCUCACACACCUGGUGAAGCUAGACCUGAGUAAGAACAAGCUGCAGCAGCUGCCAGCAGACUUCGGCCGUCUGGUCAACCUCCAGCACCUGGAUCUUCUCAACAACAGGCUGGUCACCUUGCCUGUCAGCUUUGCCCAGCUCAAGAACCUGAAGUGGUUGGACCUGAAGGAUAACCCCCUGGAUCCUGUCCUGGCCAAGGUGGCAGGUGACUGCUUGGAUGAGAAGCAGUGUAAGCAGUGUGCAAACAAGGUGUUACAGCACAUGAAGGCCGUGCAGGCGGAUCAGGAGCGGGAGAGGCAGCGGCGGCUGGAAGUAGAACGUGAGGCAGAGAAGAAGCGUGAGGCCAAGCAGCGAGCUAAGGAAGCUCAGGAGCGGGAACUGCGGAAGCGGGAGAAGGCGGAAGAGAAGGAGCGCCGGAGAAAGGAGUAUGAUGCCCUUAAAGCAGCCAAGCGGGAGCAGGAGAAGAAACCUAAGAAGGAAGCAAAUCAGGCCCCGAAAUCUAAGUCCGGCUCCCGUCCCCGCAAGCCACCACCCCGGAAGCACACUCGUUCCUGGGCUGUGCUGAAGCUGCUGCUGCUGCUGCUGCUAUUUGGUGUGGCAGGAGGGCUGGUUGCUUGUCGGGUGACAGAGCUACAGCAGCAGCCCCUCUGCACCAGCGUGAACACCAUCUAUGACAAUGCAGUCCAGGGUCUACGCCGCCAUGAGAUCCUCCAGUGGGUCCUCCAGACCGACUCUCAGCAGUGAGCUUGUCCCCAGCACCUGCUGCCUCCCAGCCUUGGAGUUUGGAUUCCUAUGGAAUUGGGUUCUGCUGGACACAACCUCUUUUUAGCAUCAGACCUACCUGCCAUCAUCAAAUGGCUGCAGAUUGGGUACAUGAGACCUCCUCUUUGUAGGACUUCUUCGUUCCUUAGUCAGGGUUCCCUGGUGGAAUGAGGAGAAAUGGGAGGUGGCGGCGGGGGGAGCAGUUACCUGCAUGCCUAAAGGAGUAGGCUUGGGGGUGGGGAGAGAGAAAACAUAGCCUUUUCUAGUUGUUAUACAAAGCUAUGUAAAGGCAAGGCUCGUUUCUACUAAAUGGUCAGCUGUCACUACAUUUAUACUUUUGUAUGCCACAAACUCUUUCAUGCCUCCCUGGGGAAUCAGGGCAGAUCAGGAGGAAGUUUUUGGGGACUAAAACACCACACUCAGUAAAUCCAGUCUAAAUUAGGGGGUAAGGGUAUUCCUGUUUUCUUCAGGACCUCAGAGAUACAAGCAUUUUAGCAGCCACACAAAAUCUGUGGCUGUGAAAGGGACUUCAUGACCAUCCAGUCCAAUAUAACACUUGCAGACAGAGAAACAGGUCUUCCAUGACUUGCCUAGUCUCCCAGCUAGUUUGAGGCAAAACUGGAUUCCCACUCUGGUAUUCUUUUUUCCCUUUACAUCAUUUUCCCUCCUUUAUAAUGUCCUGAGAGACUAGAACUCACACCAGAAUUGAUCAUUCCUCAGGCGAAGCAUAGAAUCUUUCAUGGUAGACAGAUUUCAUGACUCAGAGAUAGAAAUCUCUUGCUAUCAUCAGGUCAUGGCAGCUCCUGUGGAGUCCUGCCCAACUUUUGUGGCUUCCAUAAAAUGGCAACAGUCCAGGCUCCUUGCCUCAAUUUUAGAGCAUUAAUUCCCUAAUUGCCAGUAAGCAAGGAGGUGGAUCUCUGCAAACCUACACUGUCUAUGACAGCUCUAGUUGUAUUUGGUGUGACUAAAUACCUCAAAGGCAACCUGCUUUUGCAGGUUUUGAAGUGUCAGCUUCAUAAGACACUGAGGUUUAGAAUUGUUUGAUUCUAGACCAUAACUGAAGGGAAUAAAUGGAAACAGGAAAUGAAGGGAAACAAGUAGCAUCAUGGAGCUGAAAAGUGGUGCAUCACCCAAUGACUAGCACAAACAAGGAUUGCGCUGUCCAUUCUCUUGUCUGCUAGAGUAAGCAUUUUCUUGCCUCCUUUGCUUCAUCUUUUCACAACAGCUGGAUAGAGGGAUCAGAAAUGACUGUGUCAUGGUGCUCAUUCACUGCAGACUCCCAGUUGCAAGCUCCUUGGCUCCCCCCGGAGGGAGCAAGAAUCUGUCAUAAUUCAGAGACAGAGGGCCUUUUAGCCCUAAUGACCUUUUGCAUGGGACUGCCACUCAUGACUGUCCUGAUAUUGGAAGAAAGGACUUUGUUAAUCUUCUCCCCCAUAGCUCUGCUGCGUAGGUCUACACCUUACUCAGAAUCACUACACAUUCCUUUAGUCUUCCUCCAAGCUCCAGAGCCAUUGGUACAAAUGCUUUAUUGAAACUAAAUACAUAAUACAUACAAUGAGAUGAAGACAAUAUAGAAGUCUGCAUAGUCAUCAUAAUCCCGUUCCUUGGCCGGUUGAGGCAGCUCAGUGGCUGAGCCCAGUCAAGCCAACCCACAGCUUCACUCACGACUUCCAAGAUUUGAUGCUAAUUCUUUUGGAUUUCUACAGUUAUUAAAUACGUGUCUGAGUGGA